GACAGCGCCGGCUGGGAGAGAAUCCAUUUACCAUUUACCAAAGGCAGCAAGCACAUCUAAGACUCAGUUCUCAUGUGUGACUAUAAGUCUAGUAGUACAUCAUUACCUAAGGAUAUCACCAUUUAGAAGCUUUCAACAUCAGCUUAGUUUGUUCUUUUUCAUCUGAUUCUAAACAGAGGAAACAUCUAUCUUUCAAGUUACUUUUGUAGCCAAAUUAAGCAAAUGGCUGGAAGUAACUAUGGCAAAAAAUUUAUGAAAUGCCCGAACUGUUCCUCUUCUCAGAAAGAUGAACCUUCUGUAUGUACCUGUAAAUCAGUUCAGCCUCUAGUUUCAGACACGGAAAUAUCAGAGUCAUCAAGCAUUAGCAGUGUAGAAUUAACAGGCCAAAAAGAGAAAAAAAAAGGAAAAAAAAAUUUUAAAGAGAAUACUUCUACAACAGAUUUGGCCUAUAGAAUCUCAAAUAUAGAGAAAAAAAUGUCUCAACAGUGGAAUCGGACCAACAUUAUAGAAGGAAAAGUUCCUCACACAAGAAUAGAUAAUGGAGCUCUUAUUGAGGAAAUCUAUACCUUUGGCAGAACACUGGGGAAAGGGAGCUUUGGACUGGUUGUUGAAGCUACAGACAAGGAAAAAGGAACUAAAUGGGCAAUUAAAAAAGUGAACAAAGAGAAGGCUGGAAGUGGUGCUGUGAAGUUACUUGAACGGGAGGUGAGCAUCCUAAAAAGUGUGAGACAUGCACACAUCAUACAUUUGGAACAAGUGUUUGAGACUUCUAAGGAAAUGUACCUUGUGAUGGAGCUUUGUGAGGAUGGAGAACUCAAAGAAAUUCUGAAUAAAAAGGGGCAUUUCUCUGAGAAUGAGACCAAGCGGAUCAUUCAAAGUCUUGCAUCAGCUAUUGCAUAUCUGCACAGUAAUGAUAUAGUACAUAGAGAUCUGAAACUGGAAAACAUAAUGGUUAAAAGCAGCUAUAUUAAUGAUAAAAAUGAAAUGAAUUUAAACAUAAAGGUAACCGACUUUGGCCUAGCAGUGAGGAAGCAUGGUAGGAAUGAAUCCAUGCUGCAGACCACAUGUGGCACUCCUAUCUAUAUGGCCCCAGAAGUUAUCAAUGCCCAUGACUAUAGCCAGCAGUGUGACAUUUGGAGCAUAGGUGUCAUCAUGUACAUUCUAUUAUGUGGAGAACCACCCUUUUUGGCAGCCUCAGAGGAGAAGCUCUUUGAGUUAAUAAAGAAGGGAGAACUGCAUUUUGAAGAACCAAUCUGGGACUCCAUCAGUGAAAGUGCUAAAAGUGUGUUGAAACAACUUAUGAAAGUAGAUCCUGCUCACAGAAUUACAGCUAAGGAACUGUUAGAUAACCACUGGUUAACAGGUAAAAUACCUGCUUCAAUGAAACGGAGCAAUGUGUUAGAAAUGAUGAAGGAGUGGAAAAAUCGCCCAGAAAGUGAUGAUGAAAACAUAACAGAUGAAAAGAGUUACUAUCCUAUUCAAGAACAAUCAGGAAGUGACCAAAUCAAAGGAAAUUACAGUAAUAUCAUUAGUCCUACAAAUGAAGAGGAGGCUAAUCAGGCCACUGUUUUUGAAACUAAGCUCUCUUCCACAAAGAAGGAAACUGUGGAUAGCUUGGACACUGUGUAUUCAGCUUCCGCGCCUCGCAAGUCCAGUCCAUCUGGAACCAAGGGUGAAUCCUCUGUGACUUCCUCCAAAAUCACUACCAAACCCCUCACCAUGCCGAGAACAAAAAAGAAACUCUAAGAUUCGCGUCAGUGCUGAAAGGUCGAGUGUGGAGCUGUGCCUGAAAAUUCCGGACUUCAGAAACCAGCUGCUAGAGUGUUUCACCACUUGGCCUCUGUCACCUCUAGCGUUUGCCAUCGCUCUCUGCUUUAAGAUAAAGAUAGGUGGGAAGGUGCUUUCUCCUCGUCUGACAUAGCCGCCUGGUCCAAGGGGCAGGGGCUGUUCUCAAGGCUCAGGUCCAUCCCAUGCAGGACAGGAAACGUCUAUGCUGGAGAGAAGCCCAGCUGCCUGGGCCGCACCGUCUGCCUGUCUCCCAUCUG